AUGUCAGCCUGGCAAUACUCAAAGCGCGGCGGCGGCGCAGAGGCUUUGCAUCUGAACGAGAACGCGCCAGUACCGAAGCCCGGCAAGGGUGAAGUGCUGGUGAAGGUGAGCGCGGCGAGCAUCAACCCCGUGGACUGGAAGAUUCAAAACGCCUACAUCCCCAUCCUGCCGCUGCGCUAUCCGGCCACACCUGGGAUGGAUAUUGCAGGUGAUGUGGUGGGGCUGGGGCCAGGGGUGACCAAGUACAAAGUGGGCGACAGUGUCUUCGGCUCAUCUUCGCCUUUCAAACUGGGUGCGCUGGCACAAUAUGCUGUGCUCCCAGCAUCAGGUAGUGCUCCCAGGCCCGCCGCCGUUCCCCCUGAAGUCGCAGCUGCCCUUCCAAUCGCGGGCGAGACAGCCCUUCAGGCCCUGCGUAAUUCCGCCGGCUUGCCUCUGCCCUCCACACCUGCCGAUGACGUAAAGGGCGGCUACAAUGGGCGUGUGUUGGUGGCGAACGCAUCAGGAGGCGUGGGGCAUCUGGCAGUGCAGCUGGCCAAGCUGGCAGGAGCACAUGUGACAGCCACCGUGGGAGCACGCAACUUUGAAUUUGCGAAAAAGCUGGGAGCGGAUGAGGUGCUGGAUUACAAGACGGAGGCCGGGCAGCGCCUGUCUGCCUCCGCUGCUACCCCACUGCCCCCGGCUGAGCUGUACAAUGCCGUGGUUGACGGGACUAGCGGCCUGUCUGUUGCCACUGUGGACCGGGUGCUUCCUCCAAACGGUAAGUGGUUGCACCUCACGCCACCACCUUCGAUUAUGGCCCUGGGGUUGUGGCGCUCCAUUGCUUUUCGCCCCAAGAAGGUGUACCCCAUUUUGAUGGAAGGCAAGGGCUCGGAUCUGGAGGUUCUGGCAAAAUUGGUGGUUGAUGGGAAGCUGAAUGUGACGCUGGAUGCUACGGUGCCAUUUGAGAAGGCCAGGGAUGCAUGGACACGGAGCAUGGAAGGCCAUGUGGUGGGGAAGGUGGUGGUGAAAAUGGACUGA